UUCCUCAAUCGACGGAAUCACAGAGCGAAAAAGCGAGAGGAAGAGAAAAGAGCAACUUUCGUCGUGCCGCGGUGAAAAAAAAACCCAAAACACAACCAGCGAGCGCCGAGUUUGCAGGACGAGAACAGGGGACCCUGGUACUCGUCACCAUGGCUCCUUUCUUGAGGAUUGCCUUUAACGCAUACGACUUGGGCGUCCUGCCUCCUCUGGCCGACUCGCCCUUUUGUGCAAUCAAGAUGAAGGAAGCCUUGUCAACGGAACGAGGCAAGACCCUGGUUCAACGCAAACCCACCAUGUACCCGGCCUGGAAGGCCAGUUUUGAUGCGCACAUCUAUGAGGGUCGUGUGAUUGAGGUACUGCUGAUGAAGACAGCGGAGGAGCCACUGGCUGAGGUCACUGUUGGUGUGUCUGUCCUUGCUGAGCGCUGCAAGAAAGCAAAUGGCCGUGCUGAAUUCUGGGUGGAUCUUCAUCCAUCGGGGAAAGUAAUGAUGGCAGUGCAGUAUUUUCUGGAAGGUGGGGAUACAGAGUGUAAGCAAGCUGCAAAGGAGGAAGAGGCUCCCACUCUGAACCGUAGACGAGGGGCCAUCAAGCAGGCCAAGAUCCAUUUCAUAAAGAACCAUGAGUUCAUUGCCACGUUCUUCAGACAGCCUACUUUCUGCUCUGUGUGCAGAGAAUUUGUCUGGGGACUUAACAAGCAAGGCUAUAAAUGCAGACAAUGCAAUGCUGCCAUCCACAAGAAAUGCAUAGACAAAAUCAUCGGCAGAUGUACCGGUACUGCUGCCAACAGUCGGGAUACUGUGUUCCAGAAGGAGCGCUUUAAAAUUGACAUGCCGCACCGUUUCAAGAUCAACAACUACAUGAGUCCCACCUUCUGCGACCACUGUGGUAGUCUGCUGUGGGGUCUGGUCAAACAAGGCCUCAAGUGUGAAGACUGUGCCAUGAAUGUCCAUCACAAGUGUCAGGAUAAAGUAGCCAACCUUUGUGGUAUCAACCAGAAACUACUAGCUGAAGCACUUACACAAGUCAGUCAGAAACCAUCUACUCGCCGUUCAGAUCCAAACCUGCCUAAUCUGCCUGAUAUUGGAAUCUAUGAUGAAGUUAGCAAGCUUGCUGGACUUGACAUCACUGAUGGGUCUCCCUAUGGUAGACUGUGGGAAGGGUCCAGCCCACGGCCACAAUCUCGUAUUACCCAUCUGACCCGGAUCAAUGUGGACAACUUCAUCUUCCACAAGGUCUUAGGAAAAGGCAGCUUUGGCAAGGUUCUCCUGGCAGAGCUUAAGGGACGUGGAGAGUAUUUUGCAGUGAAGGCACUGAAGAAGGAUGUAGUGCUGAUGGAUGACGAUGUGGAGUGCACUAUGGUAGAGAAAAGAGUCUUGGCUUUGGCCUGGGAAAACCCUUUCCUCACACACCUUUACUCCACCUUCCAGACAAAGGAGCAUCUGUUCUUUGUGAUGGAGUAUCUGAAUGGAGGUGACCUGAUGUUUCAUAUUCAGGAGAAAGGGCGCUUUGAACUCUACAGAGCCAUGUACUACUCUGCCGAGAUCAUUUGUGGUCUUCAGUUCUUACAUUCCAAAGGGAUCAUCUACAGAGAUCUUAAGUUAGACAAUGUGAUGCUGGAUCACGAGGGGCACAUAAAGAUUGCUGACUUUGGCAUGUGCAAGGAGAAUGUGUUUGGAGAGAAUCGUGCCACAACUUUCUGUGGUACUCCCGACUACAUUGCUCCAGAGAUCCUACUGGGACAGAAAUACUCAUUCUCAGUUGACUGGUGGUCAUUUGGAGUGUUGCUGUAUGAGAUGCUGGUGGGUCAGUCGCCCUUUCAUGGAGAUGAUGAAGACGAGUUGUUUGAGUCCAUCCGCAUGGACACUCCCUACUAUCCUCGCUGGAUCAGCAAAGAGGCCAAAGACCUGCUUGAGCGGUUGUUCGAAAGGGACCCAACUCGCAGGCUAGGAAUUGUGGGUAACAUCCGGUUACACCCCUUCUUCAAGACCAUUAGCUGGCAGGCCUUAGAGAGGAGAGAGGUUGAACCCCCCUUCAAACCUAAAGUGAAAGCACCCAACGACUGCAGCAACUUUGAUCGGGAGUUCCUCAGCGAGAAGCCUCGUCUAUCCUACAGCGAUAAGAACUUCAUAGAUUCCAUGGACCAGUCGGCAUUCGCUGGUUUUUCAUUCAUAAACCCCAAGAUGGAGCACCUUUUAGAAAAGUGAUUCUUGUAAUGCCAGUCUGACUCAGGUUGCGUUUUUACUGUUGAUGGAAUAGUUCACUUACCUGCAAAUGAGUGGGGUGUUGCACAGUCAGUAUUUAUGUAACCUUAUUUUAAGCACAAACUCUUCUCUGUGGGUACUUAUAGAAUUAGAAGCAGGAUCUUGUACAGUAUAUAUUGAUGUUAUCGUGUUUAUGCGCAUGCUUAUUAUUUGUCGAGGCUGUGAAAGCCUGUAUGAGUAAUAAUAUAAGGGUGGGAGGUUAAAAAUCCUUACAUUCCACUUGACGUAACUGCUACCAUCUGCAGCCAUUUUGUGUCCCUUUUACAUUCAAUUCAUCCAGCUGAGGAUAGAAAAAUUAUGAAGCGGGGAAAAAACUGUUCCGUGUACUUCAGAUGAAGACUGCGUGAGUGAAGUGGCCGCAUGUUUAGAAAUCUCAGACCAACAAAAACCUGUCCAUCUUUUAAAAAUAUAGCUUAAUAAUGAAUGUUACCUGUUUUUGAAACAUCUGAAUUCUUGCCUUUGAGUUGAUGAGUCAGAAGAACUGUAAGAAUAAGAGGAACUUUUGGUUGUGUGGAUUAGUGAACAGUGCCAUGUGAAGAUCAAAUUUAAACAGCUGCAGCUGUUCUCAGAUGUGUUGAGCGGUCCUGUCUGUGGAUGGAGGGCAGACUGAGUGCAGCCAUGGCUGCAAAGAGUUUAUUAAUGUUACAUGACUGAAAUCAGUGAGGGGGAAGUCACUGAACUGCUGUAUAUAGACAAUGUAUAUGUAUAUUGUUGUAACAUGUAUAUUGGUUCGCUGAGGAUGUACUUUUUUUACUGUCUCCAUAUUUUACAUCUGAUUAAAAAACCAUUGACUCCCA